GGAUCUUUAUGUGAAAUAAAACAGCAGUGUCUUUGACAAAAUACGGCUAUUGAUUUAGCGUUGUAGGAAGGAAAGUCCUUCAAAAUCAAGUGAAUCAUUUUGCCGGUGGGGAUCAUUCGGUGCAAGAGUUUCCUGGAAUAUCCUCAGUGAGUGGAACCAGUGGGUCACAUACAAAGCUUUAUUUAGCAGCAUGGCCUUUCAGAUAUAUGCAAAGUAUAAAGCAAUUGAAUUCAUUUUGCAUGCAAAAUAUGAUCAAUUUGUCAUAGGGGAAAGGGGAUUUUCUGUCCUCCUUAUUUAAGUACAAAUGACAUUAGAGCAAUCGUUAUAACACUUUGUAUCAUGAGUAGCUCUGAAAGCAAGCCUUCUUGCUGGUUGACAAGUGAUAAGACUGUUGGGAAAAUGAAUGUCUUAAGAGGGCUUUUCACCAAAAGCUGGUCAUCUGAUAUUCGGUUAGAUGGAAAAACUGCUAUAGUGACUGGAGCAAACACUGGGAUCGGGAAAGAAACAGCCAAGGAUCUGGCAAGUCGGGGCGCACGAGUGAUCCUGGCCUGCAGAGACCCGGUGAAGGCCGAAGAGGCGGCUGGUGACAUCAGCAGGGACGUGGAGGACGCAAACGUGGCGGUUCGGAAACUGGACCUGGCAGACACCAAAUCCAUCUGCGAUUUUGCCGAAUUUAUUUACAACACCGAAAAGUCUCUUCAUUUGCUGAUAAACAACGCCGGAGUGGCGAUGUGCCCAUAUUCAACAACAGCAGACGGAUUUGAGACACAGUUCGGAGUCAAUCACUUAGGACAUUUCUUUCUUACGUUCCUCCUCAUGGAUCUGUUAAAGCAUUCAGCUCCGUCCAGAGUGAUUAAUGUCUCCUCAUUGGCCCACCACAUGGGAAAGAUCCACUUUGAGGACCUGAACAGUGAGAAAAGUUAUCAUCCCGUAAAGGCCUACGUACAGAGCAAACUGGCCAACGUACUUUUCACUCGAGAGCUCGCCGUGAGAGCGGAGGAGAUGGGAGUGAGUGUUUAUGCUGUGGAUCCGGGCCUAGUGAAGACAGACAUCAUCAGGCAUUUGAAUAAGUCUCUGCAGUUCUUCGUGAAGACGUUUGGUUUCCUGGUAAAAACCCCGGCAGAGGGGACGUAUACCACUGUGUUCUGCGCCCUUACCCCUGACCUGCCCAGCGGAGCCUACUACAGUAACUGUGCCAUGGCUCCAUGCUCCAGGGCGGCUAGCGACGACAACACUGCUAGCAGACUGUGGGCUGUCAGCUGCCACCUGCUGGGAAUUCGCUGGAAAUGAGAAUACGACUUCAACCACAGAAUUAUAUCAUAAUAAUGGCCUUUUAUGACUUAUGACUUAUGAUUUUCAACAAAGGCCCAGCUAAGUUCUCUCUGUCUUCCUGCGUUUUACACAUUUAGUUGUAUUCUUGCCGUUUGUAUUGAUACUUUAAAAAAAGCCAUACCUAUUAUUUCUGGACAAUAUUUCUGAACUUUUCUUGGGGGGUUUGGGGGGGUAAAUGAGUUUACUGUCAUUUGAAAACGAAAUAAGGUCAGCAGAGCGCAAAGGUUUUAACAAGACUAGCCUACUAAACACUGGCAGACAAGAAUUUAUUUUCAAAAAUAAA